AUGCCUUUACUUUUUGAGUUUUUAACUUCAAUUACUCGCCCUAUUAAUUUUUUAAAUCAAAAACAAUUUUUAUUUAUUGGUUUGAGUUCUUUUCUUUCAAUGGCUAUAUUUUGGCAAAACAAUACUUUGGCGUUAUAUACAUUUUGGAAAAUGAUUGAGUUAAUUUAUUACAAAUUAAUUUGUUCAAAUAAUUUACCAAUAAUUCCUGGUGGAGAUGUGCUUCUCUUCUGUACACUUUCCAGUUAUCUUUUAGGCCUAGCUGUUUUAGAGCCUCAUUUACUUCGGCGAAAUUAUUAUAAAUUUUUAUGUUCAGCGACGGGAAACAAACUUCAACUCUUCAAUAGACCUUUAAUUGAAGCUUUCUUUGGUUUUAAUUCUUCAAAAUUAUACAAAAAUUUUUGGCCAAAAUUGGAAUCAAAAUUGUUAACAAUUAAUCCGGCUUUUUAUUGUUUAAAGUCUCAACAGUUUCAUUUGAUUUAA